UCCUUUUGAUAUAACAGUGAAGUAGACUGAUAUUAGAGAUUUGUAUACCAACCUCAAGUCAAAGAGGACAUUUGGCCAUUUGAAAGUGAAGAGAUUAGAGCGAGUACAUCGGGACUCGUUUGGUCCUAUAUACUGUAGCAAAACAGCACUGAGUGGAUUUUUAGUGCAGCAGAAAGAACUGUUGCUCGGCAGUGGUGUCGGUCUGGUCUUUCUGAGGAAGCGCUGUGGUUGAGGAGGCUGCUGCUGAGUGGAGCGGUGCUACAGACAUGCUCUUCCCCAUCCGCGUCAUUGGACCUCACUGAACACAACAUCUGAAUACAGUUUAGAGUUUAAACUUGAGCAUAUAGAUAGAUUUUUUUUCUCCCUGUAAUGUUACAUGAUUUGAGCUUCCUGUUUUAAUUUAAUUAGUUCACUAGUGGGAGAUUCGGGAGUAAGGUGACUUGACUGAUGACAUCUUCAAGACGGCUAGCUGCAGAGAUUUGUCAUUCCUCUUUUAUAAGGGCCUUCUUCUUCCCGUCCAUUAGAUUGAGUCUACAAAACCCUCUGUGCCCCUGCUGCUUCUCGCUUCCCCACCAUGCCUCGCUCUUUCCUGGUGAGGAGGGGAGGCUCUCACCCUCUGCGCCCCAAAGCAGGUAGCCCCUACUUGGGCACGACCCUGGUGCCAGUGGGUCCCUCAGAAACGGACAAGAGCCAGUGGGGUACCUUUCAGGGACAGCCGUCACCGAAGAGUGCAGUGUCUCUAGUGACACACAAUGAGGCCUACCCACCACAGCCCUCUCCACCUCCAGCCCUCCACCCUGCCUCACAUAGCCCCCCUUACCUUCACCCCACCAGUCCCAUGUUUUCAGGUGAUAGAGCUGUGCUGCACCACCACUCUCCCUCCCAGUUAAACCCUGGCAGCCCUGCUGAAGAGGUGGACUCUCCCCUCCUGGGAGAGACCCGACACAGAGACUGUCCCCAGAUCAGUGACCACAGGACCACUGGGACUGAAUGUCCACUGUGUGGAAAAAGUUUCUUUUCUGUCUCCAGUCUGGAGUCCCACGUCCACAAGUCCCAUGGUGGCAGACACAAGCAGUCGUCAUCAGCACACACAAAGACUAACAGUCAGCCGUACCGCUAUAGGCCAGACCUGGUUUUGAGCUACAGGGUCAAGGAGCGUACAUUUGGCUGUAAGGUGUGUGGGAAAGUGUUCAAGCGCUCCUCCACCCUGUCCACUCACCUGCUAAUCCACUCUGACACGCGGCCCUACCCCUGUCAAUACUGUGGCAAAAGAUUUCACCAGAAAUCUGAUAUGAAAAAACACACCUUCAUUCACACUGGUGAGAAGCCCCAUGUGUGCCAGGUGUGUGGCAAAGCCUUCAGCCAGAGCUCCAACCUCAUCACCCACAGUCGUCAGCACAGUAGCAACCAGCCCUACCACUGCCUCUAUGGCUUCCAGCGCAAACAGGAGCUGAGACAAAACCAGAAGAACUACCGUACAUAGACCUUUAGGUCAAGACCCUGGCUAAGAGCUGAUCUGAGUUCAGUUUUCACAAUCGGGAGAUUGGUCAUAGCUGACCCCAGAUCAUUUUUUCAUUAUAAGGGCACAACUGGACAAGCGUAACAGAAGCUGGGAAUGGAUGAAAGAAUGGAUGGAUGCUCCACAAAAAAUUAGAACAAACAUUUACCUUGACUGUAGUUGAAUCCCAACUGUAUAUUUUGCCUACAUAUAUAUUUCUGUUUUUUCAGUGUAAUCAUAGGGUCAUAUCUGAAAAUAUGUUGAAAACACCUUUGAAACAUUCCAAUCCCAUUUAUAUUCCAAAGUAUCGCUUUCUUAAGUGUGUGCAUUAAAACUCUUUGUUAUCCACUUUCAGAUUUGGAUAACAACAAGAUAUUAUUGUUAUGAAUGAAUGAUCAUUGUUUUUUUUAGUGAUCAAACUCCCUUGCUUUUUAAUGAUUUACCUCUCGGGGUGGUUUUAAAGGCAUGAGAUAAAAGUAGUUAAACCGUGUGCAACGCCCGCGUAGGUUCUCUGGAAUUCUCUGGAAAUGAAUCAUUACCUUCAUUCUCUUCAAUUCUCUGGUACGGAAACAUUUACCUGGAUUUAAAUACCUGUGAUGGGCUGAGAUAGCUCCCUCUCUCUCUGUCAGCGCUUCCCUAUAAAAGCACAGCCAAAAGUACUGCACUAAAAUACCUGAUCCCUUCGACCUUCAAGCCCUCCACUGCACCACAGAGGAAGAAAACCCAGACACAGGUAAAUACAUCAUUUAAAAUACAUGCCUUAGGUUUUAGAAUCACUAUUGGCUUUAUUGUGACCUCAUCCCCAGGCUUAAUUGCUACAGAGAGAGAGAGCCGGCUGGGGACAAGAUUAGCCUCAUGGUGACAUACCUGAGCAGGGACGACAGAGGGACCUUACAUGUUGUGUGUGGAUCAGUCAUUCAAAAAUCAUAUUAACCACUGUUAAUGCACACAUAGCGAGUCAAUGUCAUUUAUUAUUCGAUUUGAAGUAAAUGUUUUGUCCUGAACUAAUUUAAGCUUGCCAUAACAAAGGGGUGUGAAUACUUAUUAUAGGUACUGUCUGUAGUGUAGCGUCCUGAUGGUGGUGCUGUUUAAAGUUGUCUACUAUUUUAAUUCAAAUUCAAUAAAUUAAUUGGAAUGAGAAUUCUCAAAUCAACUCUGAUUUGACACCCACCCUGGUCUCGAUUCGAGACUUAAAAACAGUUUCAAUCAGUAUACAGACCAAGACAUCACAAAAGACGUAUGUACUGCCAGUUUAUGCAAUGAGGGGUGACUGACACUGAAUAAAAAUGUCAGUAUCUUCAAUGCAUGUUGUACCGUGCUUUACAUUUACAUUUGGAGCAUGUCAGUGUCUCUCUUCCUCGCACCCUCUUUCUCUGUCCCUCUCCAUUGUAGCAACAAUGGGUUAGGGAAAGAGUACUCCAGCUUCAGGCACAGAUAGCCAUGACGACAGCCAUGACGACAGCCAUGACGACAGCCAUGACGACAGCCAUGACGACAGCCAGACAGCCAUGACGACAGCCAGACAGCCAGACAGCCAUGACGACAGCCAUGACAUAUCAGGCGUAAACGUAUCAGACCAAAGCAUAUAAGGUGGAGCGUACGUUUGGCUGUAAGGUGUAUGGGAAAGUGUUCAAGCGCUUCUCCACCCUGUCCACUCACCUGCUAAUCCACUCUGACAUGCGGCCCUACCCCUGUCAAUACUGUGGCAAAAGAUUGCCAGAAAUCUGAUAUGGAAAAAAUACACACCUUCAUUCAAACAGGUGAGAAGCCCCAUGUGUGCCUGGUGUGUGGCAAAGAGCUCCAACCACAUCACCCACAGCCGUCAGCACAGUGGCAACCAGCCCUACCACUGCCGCCUCUACGGCUUCCAGCGCAAACUGGACCUGAGAUAGCGCAUAUACCUUCAGGCUAAGACCCUGAUACCAGCUGAUCUGAGAUCAGUUUUAAUAAGCAAGAGAACAACUCCACACAGAUAGCAACUCAGAGACUCUUACAUGGUCAAAGCUGACCCCAGCAAAUGUUUUAAUUCUUAGUCUGAUCAUCGUUUUAUUAUUUUAGGUGAUCAAACUCCCUUGAUUGUCUGUGAUUUACUUGUCAGGGGUAGUUCAAGGAAUGGUACUUUGAGAUAAAAUACGUUUUAGGGUUUGACAUCUAAAUAUACAGCUCUUGUGACGCCCACGUCAGUUCUCAAACUGAAUCCUUCUCUUCAGUUCUCCGGCACAUAAACUUUUACCUAGAUUGGGCUGAGAACCCCCCACCGACCCUCCCUCCCUCCCUCUAAGAUCUACCCUAUAAAAGCAGAGCCAUCUCUCCACUCUGCACUAGAACACCUGAUUACUACAACCUUCAGACCCUCCACUGCACCAAGGAAGAACACCCAGACACAGCAAUGGGAGCUAGUGGUUCAAUCAACGUCAACAGCGAUGCGCAAGGUUGUAAUAUAGCCAACGCAACAGGUGGCAAAGUGCGUCUCUACUACAAGUCAGAGAAGAUGGCUCUCAGUGACCUCAUCGAGGGGAGUCAUCUCAAGAAGGGCGACUCCAUCCUCAUUCUGGAAGGCACCUUUAAGAAGAGCAUUCUCCCACAUAACAUCUAUGUCACUGGCUUCCAAGUAGAAUGUGACAAUUCACAUAGUUGCCCUAAGGAAUCCCCACUGAAUGGGCUGAACAACCUCCUGGCAGAGUAUGCACAGGGUCAGCCCAAGUCCUACAUCCUCACUGUCAAUAAAGAGGUCAAGUUCGCCAAGACCGGAGAGAUCUGGGUGGAUGAGGACGGGGUGGAUCACAACCCCAAAAAGUAACGGCACAGGGGAACCUCCUCUAUCUUAACACCUUUUAUUAAUCACAGAUUAAACUACAUUACGUGUACAGAUUUAAAUUCAAGAGAUUCAAUCACAGAUCCAUGAAAUGGGGUGUUCUUACCGCUAAUGCUUUUUUGUAUGGUAGAAAUCAGCAACUCUACUUUUUGACAAAUAAAUGUGUUACCAAACUGAGAA